AUGUCUUCUAAAAGUGAAAAAGAUCGAGCUAAACAGAUCCAGGAUCGAUGUCAGAACAUUCUAAUCCAAAUGUUAAAAGAUGAGGACAAUAAAUAUUGUGUAGAUUGUGACGCUAAGGGACCACGUUGGGCAUCGUGGAACCUAGGUAUAUUCUUAUGCAUAAGGUGUGCUGGUAUCCAUCGUAACCUGGGUGUUCAUAUAUCCAAGGUGAAGAGUGUCAACUUGGACUCAUGGACACCAGAACAAGUGGUAUCACUGCAACAAAUGGGCAAUUCUCGUGCAAGAGCAGUAUAUGAAGCAAAUCUGCCAGACUCCUUUAGACGGCCACAAAAUGACUCUUCACUUGAGUCAUUCAUACGGGCCAAAUACGAACAGAAGAAAUACAUUGCUAAGGAAUGGGUGCCACCACAACUUCCUAAAGUGAAUUGGGAUAAAGAGAUAGAUGAAGAAAUAGAUAGGCAAAAGAGGAAAAAGAAAGCGACCACUUCCUCUCUGGGACCAUUGCCCGCGCCAUCUGUUGAUAAAAAAUAUAACAAAUCUGACGUUAUCCCCAGUAUACCUAAACCCAAAUCGUCGGUCAGUCCCAAAUUGAGUAGAAAUACACCAGUUGAAACCAAACCGAGUAAUGGUGCAGCUGAUCUGCUGGGUUUGGACACUGCCAUACCCUCGACUAAACCAGAGCAGAAAAGUACUAACGAUGAUAUUUUCUCAAGUUUCUUCUCGGCACCAGAAAAACCGGCUGAGGUACCGCAAGAACAAAAAUCAGAUUUGAAAACAGAAGAAGAAAAUUUCUUCAAACAAUCUGCACCUACUGAGAAAGAAAAGUCUAAACUUACUAAGGAUAGCAUAUUAGCGUUAUACAGUCAAACACCUAUGAACCAGUUUAAUCCAGUACCUCAAAUGCAACAGAUUCCAGGUCAACAAAUGCAACAAAUUCCAGGUCAACAAAUGCAACAGAUUCCAGGUCAACAAAUGCAACAAAUUCCAGGUCAACAAAUGCAACAUAUACCAGGCCAACAAAUGCCAGGUCAACAAAUGCAACAAAUUCCAGGUCAACAAAUGCAACAUAUGCAAAGCCAACAACUACCCGGGCAACAACUACCUGGACAACAAAUACCAGGCCAACAACCUCCUGGCCAGUUCUAUCAGCCAUAUAUGAUGAAUGGUAUGCAAAUGAACCAAUUUCAACCAGCUAGCCAAUUUCAGUAUCAAAUGCCACCGCAGCCACAGUUCCAGACACAGCCAAACUUUUUCAACCAGCCCCUUUCGCAACAGUUCGGCAAUCUUAAUUUAGGUCAAGGUUUCCCAAACGCAUUUCCUAACCCCAAUGUUGCCAGUAAUUCGACGUGGCAAUAA